AUGCCUUCGCUGGACGACCACGCGUGUUGCAAACACCGCGAGGGCCAGGAGCAACCUACCAUAUCCGAGGAAGAUCCCCAGCAGGGUCUACUCCACCAAGUAUACGAAUGGCUUCACCAUGAGAAAGUCAGACGACAGAAUCGUAAAGCACGGAAAGCCGAAUCACCCUCCCAUGCAACAAACGAAAAUGAGCCAGCUGCCGAAAAUGAUACCUUAGAAAGACCCCGCUCGAACACCUCGGAGAACAGCUUUUCCCUGGAUCAACUGGAAAAGAUUCUCCUCCAAUAUGCGACUACCCGGCCCAGCACUGCAGCGGGUUCGCCCCAAAAACAACCUGUCAAAAAGCAAUCUCGACAUCGUCUCAAAGGUCUACGGAGAGGCUCGGCAUCUGAGUCUGAACUCACAGAUGUCGACGGGGCCCCGCCAAGCGUGGAAGCUGUUCUUGACAAUACAAAGACACUUGCCUACACCGGCGGCGCUGCAGUAGAAGAAGUCGCCGACUCCAGUGCGAGUGUGAAGCAAGCUAAGGAUGCAGAAGCUUGGGUGAUUUUCAAGACCGAGAUCGUGCGUCUUGUGCAUACUCUGCAGCUUAAGGGCUGGCGCAGGGUUCCCGCGGAUCUGGCACCAGAAAUUGAAGUGGUUAGACUCAGCGGUGCUCUCACAAACGCCGUGUAUGUAGUUGCACCACCGAAACAUCUACCUCCUCCGAAGACCGAUAGCAACAGUCUGUCUUCAAGGAAACGCCCACCGAAACUUCUCUUGCGUAUCUACGGUCCUCAAGUCGACCAUUUAAUUGACCGAGAGAAUGAGCUGCAAAUUCUUCGUCGCCUCGGAAGGAAGAAUAUUGGUCCACGCAUUCUGGGAACUUUCCAGAAUGGCCGGUUCGAAGAAUACUUUGAGGCUCGUCCACUCACUCCCAAGGAGCUGCGAAUGCCCGAAACGGCGAAGCAGGUUGCCAAGCGGAUGAGAGAAUUGCAUGAUGGCGUUGAACUCCUUGAAGAAGAACGCGAAGGCGGACCUAUGAUCUUCAAGAACUGGGAUAAGUGGGUGGAUCGCUGCGAGCAAGUGACGACCUGGCUGGAUAAAGAACUUGAAUCCCCCCAAAACGAGGCCAAAGCUGCAUUGGAACCAUGGCGUCGCCGCGGUUAUGUCUGCGGCGUAACAUGGGACGUGUUCCGCAAAGCCGUGGAUAGGUACCGGCAGUGGCUGGUUGCCAGUUCUGGUGGAACCGACGAGAUCAAACGACAGCUAGUCUUUGCGCACAAUGAUACCCAAUAUGGCAAUCUACUUCGCAUGGAGCCAGCCACAGAGUCACCACUGCUUUUACCCGCAAAUGAACAUAAACAGCUAAUCGUCAUCGACUUCGAGUACUCUUCUGCCAAUACACGUGGACUCGAGUUCGCCAACCACUUUACCGAGUGGUGCUACAACUACCACGACGAAGAGCGCUCAUGGGCUUGCAACAACCGCACAUACCCAACACCAGAGCAGCAGUACUAUUUCGUGUCAACAUACCUUACCCACCGGCCUUUCAGCUCCGGCGGACCUAUUUCACCUCUAGCCUCGCCAACCAUCCGCGCUCGCAGUGCUGCUGUGAUUGCACCAUUGGACUUGGACGACGUGUCAGAUAGACCCAGCUCUCGGCUUUCGCAGACUGAUCAGUCCAAGGAGACUGAACUUGACACAGAGGUGCGAUUCCUCAUACAUCAGACCCGCAUGUGGCGGGCAAUGAACUCCGCGCAGUGGGUAGCUUGGGGUAUCGUGCAGGCCAAGGUGCCUGGCAUGGAAGAAGGCAUUGCGGAGAUGCUUGCUGCUCGCAACGGCGAUGGCGAUGACACUAAGACGCCGCCUGCGGAAGCGGACGUCGACGAAGAAGAUGACGGGGACUUUGACUACCUCGCUUACGCGCAGGAUCGAGUCAUGUUCUUCUGGGGUGAUCUGUUGUCACUGAAUCUGAUCAAACCGGAGGAACUGCCGGCGCCUCUAUUGGAGCACGUCAAGUCGCGACUUGUGGCAUAUUAA